AUGUCGGCAGGGUACUCCUUGUCACGGCACUGUUACCGAAAUGUCCGAAAUGUGCUCGAUUCGUCCUCAUUCUCUCGAUGCCGUGGAAAACCAUUCCUUCGCUCCAAGGUAGAGGCCCGGCAAGCUCCCCGACGAUACAAUUCAAUCUCCGCUGCGGACCUCCAAUUUGGUCAACCGCUGCACGAAACACACCCUCACAUAUUAAAAGCUGGUGAACUAACACCCGGGAUUACCGCUUUAGAAUAUGCACACCGGCGUGCGAAACUUGCGGCGAAGCUGCCAAAGGAUGCGGUCGCUAUCAUCAAGGCUGCCGACGUGAAAUAUAAGUCAAAGAGCGUAUUUUAUGAGUAUCAUCAGGACUCAGACUUCUUCUAUUUGACCGCGAACAAUGGGGCCGAUGGCGAUCAUAUAUUCCAUCUCUACGUAAGAGAAAAGGACCCUCACUCAGAACUUUGGCAGGGCGCUAGAUCUGGGACACGAGCCGCCCUCGACGUCUUCAAUGCAGAUGAAACCGACAGUAUUGACAGAAUCAAAGACAUCCUCCCAGAAAUCGUCUCGGGCGCAUCGGAGAUCUACACCGACGUCAAGGGGCUAACUUCCGCAAAAUCUCUCAUUUCCCGCUUUUUCCCAAGUAUCCAGAAUAACGCGGAUACAGCGAAUAGGGCAGCGGCUUUUUCAAAGAUCAAGCCAUUAAGCCCACUGGUUAGCGAGCUUCGAGUCUUUAAAAGCGACUCGGAGAUUGCCAACAUGAGGAAAGCUGGACAAGCCUCCGGAAGAGCUUUUACAGACGCUAUGAAACAAUCCUUUUCCAGUGAAAAGGAUUUAUAUGCCUUUUUGGAGUAUCGGUUCAAGAUGAGUGGAUGCGAUAAGUCAGCAUUCGUUCCUGUUGUCGCGGGGGGUCAGAAUGCUCUUAGCAUCCAUUAUGUUCGAAACGAUGAUAUUCUUAGGAACGGCAAUCUGGUUUUGGUUGACGGCGGUGGUUCAUAUGGUGGUUAUAUAUCAGACAUCACACGGACGUGGCCGAUUAACGGCAAAUUUUCUCCUCCUCAGAGGGACCUAUACGCUGCGGUGUUGAAUGUGCAGCGCAAGUGUGUGGGAUUGUGCCACGAAUCUCAGAAUAUGUCACUGGACGAUAUCCACGAAUACGCCGAACGCGGACUCCGGGAGGAACUUUCAGGCCUAGGUUUCAAUUUGCCUCGUUCCGCGAUUAGAACACUAUUCCCUCACCAUGUCGGCCACUAUAUUGGCCUGGAUGUUCAUGAUACGGGUGACUAUUCGAGGAGCCAUGGGCUUCUGAAGGGACAGUGUGUGACCAUUGAACCCGGUAUCUAUAUUCCCGACGAUGAAAGGUGGCCAGAACAUUUCCGAGGGAUUGGGAUACGAAUUGAAGAUAGUGUCUGCGUGGGUGACGAGAGCCCACUGGUCUUGACGACGGAGGCGGUGAAAGAGGUCGACGAUAUCGAGGCCCUUCGCUAAGGGGCGGUGAAGACCAUCCGUCUUCAAUUGUAUAGUAUAAUAUGUAUCAUGUUUUAAAAUAUUAGACUUCUAGCGUAC